AUGCCAUCUCUCUCAUUGUCAUGGACCGUCGCCGCCACCUCCUCUUUUCCAUCUUUCUCCGGCAAGCCAUCCACUGCUAAGUCGUCUACGCGUUUUCACGUGUCGUGCAAUGUAAGAAAUGAUGGCCAAAAUGCACCAAACUCUCGAGGGAAAUUCGAUAGGAGAAAUAUGCUUCUUGGCUUGGGAGGCAUAUACGGUUCCACUUUAACGUCGAAUCAACCGGCACUCGCUGACCCGAUACAACCGCCUGAUCUUAGUAAAUGUGGGCCCCCGUCGGAUACAAGUACGGGGGAAUCACUGGACGUCAAUUGUUGUCCCCCUGUAAAACAGGCUGUAGACUACCAGCUUCCUAGACCGACUGUGAUGCGGUUCAGACCGGCUGCACAUUUGGCCACUAAGGAAUACAUAGCCAAGUAUAACAGAGCCAUUCAACUCAUGAAGUCACUUGAGGACGACGAUCCACGUAGUUUCAUGCAACAAGCCAAUAUUCACUGUGCUUAUUGCAAUGGCGCAUAUGACCAAGUAGGGUUCCAAGAUUUGGACAUUCAAGUUCACAAUUGUUGGCUCUUUUUUCCUUUCCAUAGAUGGUACUUGUAUUUCUAUGAAAGAAUUUUGGGAAGUUUGAUUGGGGACCCAACUUUUGGUUUGCCAUUUUGGAAUUGGGAUAGUCCAAAGGGAAUGACUAUUCCACCCAUGUUUCUCGACACAAAUUCGUCCAUAUUUGACACAAAACGUAACCAAAAUCACCUCACGAGUAUAGCUGAUCUUGGGUACAAUGGCACGGACGACGGGAAGAGUCCUUUGCAAACAGUGUCCAACAAUCUCAAUAUAAUGUAUGGCGAAAUGGUUCGUAAUGUUAAGUUGAUCGAGGAUUUUAUGGGACAACCUUAUCGUGCAGGAGACGCAGUCAACCCAGGGGCGGGUGCAUCAGAGCGCGGUUCGCACACUGCCAUCCAUUUGUAUGUUGGAGACCCGAGGGAGAGGCGUUUAGAGAACUUAGGCAACUUUUACUCUGCCGGUCGCGAUCCAUUGUUCUAUUGCCACCACGCGAACGUUGAUCGAAUGUGGAAAAUAUGGCGAGACCUAAGAGGCUCGAAACCUAAGGAUUUCAACGAUAAGGAUUGGUUGAAUGCUAGUUUCGUGUUCUACGAUGAGAACGCACGAUUAGUGCGUGUUAAAGUUUCUGACACAUUGUCCAAUGAAAGAAUGGGAUAUGUUUAUCAAGAAGUGGACAUUCCAUGGCUCAAGUCCAGACCUCAAGCUCGUGUACAAAAAUCCAAAGUGGCAACCACUUCUGGUGCUCCAUCGAUAGCCGACGUUAAGUUCCCAGUGGCCUUAGACAAAGUCUUGAAAGUCCUCGUCCCACGGCCGAAGAAAUCAAGGAAACAAAGGGACAAGGAAACAGAAGAGGAAUUACUGGUAAUUCAAGGGAUAGAAGUGGACACGGCUAAAUUCGUAAAGUUCGAUAUUUUUGUCAACGACGAAGAUGACAAGAUCGAUGAAUUGGACAAGUCGGAGUACGCGGGGACCUUUGCACAAGUACCCCAUAGUCAUAAAGGACCUAAAAAGAUAAAGACGUCGAUUAGGCUGGGAUUAACCGAACUGUUGGAGGAUUUGGAUGUAGAAGGUGAUGAUUCAAUCUUAGUGACUUUGGUGCCACGGGCUGGAGACGCCACCAUUGGUGGUAUCAAAAUUACAUAUGUUUCUACUUAA